AUGGGGCUGAGGGAGCUGGCGGUGUCGGCGACCGGGAGCAGGAGCAGGAGUCCGCGGCUGCGGCGCGACCGGCGAGCAGGCACCCCGGCGGCGGCGGCGGCUGAGCACGGCCAACCUGCGGUGCUGUCGUUGCAGGACCUGUCGCGGAAGCUGGAGACCACCAAGCUGCACGCCUUCACGCUGGACGAGCUCAAGGCCGCCACCAAGAACUUCUUCACCACCAACUUCCUCGGCGAGGGUGGCUUCGGCCCCGUCUACAAGGGCUUCAUCAACGCCCGCCUCCGCCCGGGACUCCAACCGCAGCACGUCGCCGUCAACCUCUACAGCGACGGUGUCCAGGCCUCCAGGGGCACCGCGAGUGGCUGGAGUUCAGCCAAGCUGCAUACUGGAUGA